AUGGCCUCCCUUCUCACCGCACCCGAAGCCCAAGCCCGGACUCUCCAUUCAGACCCACCGCAAGACCUCGACGACGUCCUCUGCUCCGACCAACACCAGCAACAAGAAGAACAACAGCAGAAUUUUGCCGAUACGGCGCCGUCUCUCUGCUUGAGCGGCGAGUCGCGUAUCGAGCGAGCAUGGGCUCACUGGGCGAAGCUGGGCCGGCCCAAAUUGAUUGUGGCUCCAAUGGUGGACAACUCGGAGCUCCCGUUUCGGAUGCUCUGCCGCAAGUACGGCGCCGACGCUGCGUACACGCCCAUGCUGCACUCUCGCAUUUUCACUGAGAGUGAGAAGUAUAGAGACCAGGAAUUUACCACUUGCAAGGAGGACCGUCCUUUAUUUGUUCAAUUCUGUGCUAAUGAUCCUGAAGUUUUGUUAGAGGCUGCGAAGAGAGUGGAGCCGUAUUGUGAUUAUGUUGACAUUAAUUUGGGGUGUCCUCAGCGUAUUGCUAGGCGGGGGAAUUAUGGAGCUUUUCUAAUGGAUAACCUUCCUCUUAUAAAAUCUCUAGUAGAAAACUUGGUUCAAAACCUUCAUGUCCCCGUUUCAUGCAAAGUCCGUAUCUUUCCGGAUUUACAAGAUACAAUCAAGUAUGCUAGGAUGUUAGAGGAUGCUGGUUGCUCACUUUUAGCCGUCCAUGGCCGGACAAGAGAUGAGAAAGACCAGAAGAAAGUCCGGGCGAACUGGGACGCCAUCAAGGCUGUCAAAAAUUCUCUCAGAAUCCCCGUCCUUGCCAAUGGAAACAUCAGGCACAUGGAUGACGUUCACGACUGUCUGGAAGCGACUGGUGCUGAUGGGGUGCUUUCUGCGGAAUCUCUUCUUGAGAAUCCAGCUCUUUUUGCUGGAUUUCGAACUGCUGAAUGGGUACCAGGGAAUGAAGAAAGCAAGAAAGAUGGGAAACUGGACCAGGCAGAUCUUUUGGUGGAGUAUUUGAAGCUUUGUGAGCAAUACCCUGUGCCUUGGCGUAUGAUCCGUGCUCAUGUGCACAAGAUGCUGGGACAGUGGUUUCGAAUUCAUCCACAUAUAAGAGAAGAUCUUAAUGCACAAUCCAUACUUACUUUUGAGUUUCUUUAUAGUAUUGUAGAUCGGCUUAGAGAGCUUGGGGCAGGCAUUCCACUUCAUCUUAAAGAGACCAAUGCUGCAACUAUUUGUGCGAAUGGUCCGGCCACUUGA